UUUUUUAUUUUAUUUUUUAAAAGAGGAUAGCUGACGGUAUUCAGCAUUUGGGUGUGGAGAUCUGAAGCUGCAGAAACGCGCUUUGGAUUGUGAGCAUGGGCGGCGUUUCCCGUCUGCGUGCGUCCAGAGGAGAGCAGCAGCUUUCAUACGGAGAGAGAGAGAGCUCAAAGGGCUCAAUGCACACAGGAAAUAAGUCGACUGCAUGCAUGAAUUCGGUUUCGCAGCUGGAGCUUUAAUCAGCGUUUAAAAGCAAAUUUUCAACGCCGCUUUUCUGCAAAUAUCACCGGAAUGUGUUCGAGCAUCCGGAGCUAAAAGGGAUCCAUGAGUCCGGGCGGCGAGCCUCUCCUCCCGGGCUGGAGAAGGGCCAGCAGGUCGGGGCAGGCGCGGAUGUUGGAGGACUAAAUAAAAAUGGGGAUAAUCUGAGGGAACAGCUUGCUUGUCCCACCGCCGGGGAACAAACGCAAUGUGUGGACCAAACGUGGAUCAAGCAGACCCCUUCAUCGCAAGUUCCCUAACGCUGGCCGGCUUUAGGUCACUGACUUCUUAAUGUCGCGCCUGUCUUUAGGCGAGACACAAAAACACUGACCUCCACCUGUUUCCACCGACAUGGAUAAACUCACCGUGAUAUCAGGAUGCCUCUUCCUCGCAGCAGACAUCUUUGCCAUCGCCAGCAUCGUCAACCCGGACUGGAUCAGCACAGGAGGAUCCGCUGGCUCUCUGACUGUGGGUCUGGUCCGCCAGUGCCAGACCAUCCACGGCCGAGACCGGACCUGCAUGCCCCCGCGGCUGCCCCCAGAGUGGAUCACCACGCUGUUCUUCAUCAUCCUGGGCAUCAUCUCCCUCACCGUCACCUGUGGUCUGCUGGUGAUGUCACGCUGGCGCCGCGAGGCCGCCCGAUACGCCCGAUGGAUCGCCUUCACAGGGAUGGUCCUGUUCUGCAUGGCUGCUCUCAUCUUCCCCAUGGGCUUCUACAUCAACGAGGUUGGAGGACAGCCGUACAAGCUCCCCAACAACACCGUGGUGGGCUCCUCCUACGUACUCUUCGUUCUCUCCAUAUUCUUCACCAUUGUGGGACUGCUGUUUGCUGGGAAGGUAUGCCUACCUGGCUGACUUCUUCUUCUUCUCUUUGUGAAGAGAAACACUAUUGGUGGAUUUUUUUUUGUUUUCGUAUUGACUCUUUCCUGGCAGUGUUGAAAAUAGAUUGAGGUAAAUCAAAACUGUGAAGAACUUAUGUUUUCCUUUUGGAUGAAUUAUCAUGGGAGGCCAAAUCGCUACGUCCCCUCCGAGACUGGGCAGGGACAGAGAGUUCUGAAACGGCCUCCAUCAUUGUCAUUCUGAAUGAUGAAUGUGGUGAAAAUGGAUUCACGCAUCUGAACUGUAUCUGUCUUUCCAUCAACCAUGAUGCACAUAGACUGACAUGGCCUGAUGUAAGCCAAAGCACCAAAUAUCUGCCAGUCACCUUCACUAUGAUGGAGGCCCUUCCCUGACCACAGCUACAUGGAACAAUAUGUAAUGUAUACAACAAAGUUUCACUUAUUGGCACAUUUUAUUUAUUUUGUUAGUAGUGUAGUAUUUUUGAUUAACAUGCCUAACGUAUCCCAGAGUUCCCCUGCCAAUAACACUAUGUGUGGUGGAUCACUUUGCCUUAAAGAGCUGUUAACCUUAAAUAAAUAACUAUAUUGUUGAGUUGUAGUGACUUGGGAUUAAUUCUACAAUUCUGGAUACAUGAAAUGAUUUAGCAUAAAAAUGCUAGAACUGGAAUGUAAAAUGGACUUUCAGGUAACAUCUGUCCAAAAUGAUCACUGUGGGG